AUGACUGGAAAGUACAGCCCCCUUCAUCUUUUCCAGAUGCUUUUCUCCAUGUCAGUUCUUGGUUCGCUGGUGUCUAACACCAACAAGUAUGGAGCUAAGAAGCAAGCAGGCAAGAAAGAGGCAUGGAAGCCCAUUUCCAUCCAAGACCUAUACUGUUACAUCUCACUGGUCAUUUACAUGGGGCUUGUGAAGUUGAAAAACCUGAAGGACUACUGGAGAACAUCAACACGCUAUCAACUGCCUUUUCCCACCACUGUCAUGUCUUUUAACAGGUUUCUGACUAUCUCGUGGGCGCUUCAUAUCAGUGACCCACAAGCUGACUACGACAAUGAGAAGAAGAGAGGCACAGCAAGCUUUGAUAGGCUCUUCAAAAUCAAACCUCUCUACUCCAGCAUUGUUGAGGCCUGCAAGACCCAUUUCCGCACGCCCAGAACCUGUCCAUAGAUGAGAGGAUGGUAGCCUCAAAGGCUAGAAUUGGCCUCAAACAAUAUAUGCGGAACAAGCCAACAAAAAGGGUUAUAAACUGUUUGUUUUGGCCGAUUCUGUGUGUGUUUAAACUUGGAUUUAUUUUGUUUACGAGGGGAAAUCUAUCUCAGCCACCGGCACAGCAAGCUUUGAUAGGCUCUGCAAAAUAAAACCUCUCUACUCCAGCAUUGUUGAGGCCUUGUCACGGAUUCUGCCGAGGCUGCCCCUCCUCCUUGCUCGGGCAGGCUUCGGCGUUCGUCGUCACCGGAGUACUAGCUGCUGCCGAUCUAUGUUCUAUGUUUCUAUGUUCUACCUGUUGUUGUCUGAUUGUCUCACACCUGUUUCCCAUCAGGCAAUUACUCCUUCCCUAUUUAACCCGGUGGCUCCCAUUGUGUUUUGUGCGUGUUUGUUAUUCGUUUCGUGUGUCGUUUGGUGAGCGGGUUUACGCCUCCCUGUGUGGAGGUAUUUUGUAUUUGUUUCUUUACUUGUUAGUAAAGUAUGUUUUCAUUGAGUUCUGUGUCCUGCACCUGACUUCGAUCCACCGCAUUACACUGACACUCGUGACAGAAAUACGCACCACCAUGGAGUCAGCAGGUACAGCCAGUCUGUCCGGAUCGAUGUAUAGGUUACAGCUUCCUCCUGAGUAUCGUAUUAACCCCUCGUUCCAUGUGUCUCUCCUCAGGAGGUAUUUUGUAUUUGUUUCUUUACUUGUUAGUAAAGUACGUUUUCAUUGAGUUCUGUGUCCUGCGCCUGACUUCGAUCCACCGCAUUACACUGACACUCGUGACAGGCCUGCAAGACCCAUUUCCGCAUGCCCAGAACCUGUCCAUAGAUGAGAGGAUGGUAGCCUCAAAGGCUAGAAUUGGCCUCAAACAAUAUAUGCGUAACAAGCCAACAAAAAGGGUUACAAACUGUUUGUUUUGGCCGAUUCUGUGUGUGUUUACACAUAGAUUUUUUUUGCUUACGAGGGGAAAUCCAUCUCAGCCACCGGUAAGGGACUUAGUUAUGAUUCUGUUGUGGAAUUAUUGGAAUUCCACUGCUGGGGUCGGGCUACAAACUGUUUGUGGACAACUUUUACACAAGCCCUUGUUGUGGACAACAAGAGCAUGGGAGGUGUGGACCUGUCAGAUGAGCUGAUAGGCUACUACAAUGUUCUCCACAAGACAAUGAAAUGGUACAAGACAUUGUUCUAUCACUUCAUCGACAUUGCUGUGGUGAAUGCAUUCAUCCUCCAGAAGGAAAUGGCUAAGAGCUGUGGACAGACCCCCAUGACACAGCUAGCCUUCAGAGAGCUGCUCAUCUAGGAGCUUGCUGACUAUGGCACAAAGUCCACUGCAGCACCUUCUGUCCCCUCUACCUCUGUCCCCUCUACUCCUGCCAUCAGUGGUGUUCACCUGCCAAAAUGCAUAACUGCAGACCUGAAUGUGCCUCAGGGCCAAAAGAGCACAGCAGGGAGGCGUUGUUGUACUCUGUGCCACAAUAAAUCUCCCAUCACCUGCACUACUUUUGCUGUUAUCCUCUGCUUCACAGCAGAAAGAAACUGUGCUAUGGGACUUGGCAUCAGCAGCACAAUCUUGUGUAGAGGACUGUGGGUGUUCUAA